GAAUUGAUGGCAAGGGGGGAAGACGACGACGGAACGAGAGAUUGAGAGCCAGCCGGUCCCUUUUUUUGUCAGCGUUAUUACGAUCCGCGUUUGGUUGCGACCUCAUUGUCUUACUGUUAGAUAUAUAGUGACGGAAUCGAUGGUUGCCCAGCAGGCAAGAUCGGAACCAAACUCGGUCGCAUGCGCAUCGCAGCCCUUCCACAUGCGGGUGGGUGAGGUGGACGACUUACGAUAGACGGGGUCGGGCAUGGAUUGAUUGGUGGAGGCCGUGCCCCCGUGCUCAUGCUCGGCGAGGACAGUUGUUAUAUUAUAUCCUCCUUCCCUUCUUGUGCCCUUGCUUGGACCAUAUACCUGAAGUAGCAGCUUCCCUUCUCCGUGGAAGAACAACAGAAGAAAAGGGGGUAGGUAAUCUUCGGCGCCGGCGGCCGCCGGUCCCCGCGAUGGACGCGGAGACCGGAGAUACCCGGUCUCCCCUGCUGCCGCAUCCCCCUCCCAGCCAGACGCAGGUUUCCUCAGCGAAUCAGCACUAUAACAAACCCUUCAGCUGGAAGGCCCCAGCCAUUAUUUUGGCCUUCGAAUUCUUGGAGAGCAUUGCUUACUCUGGUAUAGCACUCAACCUGGUCGUGUACCUUGGAACCGUCCUCCAUGGAACCACCGCCUCCAAUGCAGCGAACGUCGAUGCGUGGAACGGCGCCACGUUUCUUACGCCGGUCCUUGGAGCCUUUCUUGCUGAUACAUACUGGGGGAAGUACAAGACCGCAGCUAUCUCCAUAAUAUUCUACGUUGUUGGCCUGCUCAUAAUUACCACCUCUGCCGUCAUACCGUCCCUACGGCCUGCCUCGUGUGAAGGCGGUUCAUGCCCACCUGCAACAGGGUUUCAGUAUUUUGUGCUCUUUGGUUCAUUGUACCUCAUCUCCAUUGGUACGGGGGGCGUCAAGUCAGCUUUACUUCCAUUGGGAGCAGAUCAGUACAAUGAUGCGAACGCCGAAGAGAGUAAAAGCAAGCAACUGUUCUUCAGUUGGUUCUUCAUGGCUGUCAACCUUGGAGUGUUCAUCUCCGGCACUGUUCUUGUCUGGAUACAGCAAAAUGUCGCUUGGUCUCUUGGAUUCGGCAUCUCCUCGAUAUGCCUUGUUAUCGCCGCAGUUGCCUUUUUGGUUGGAACACCGCUUUACAGGGUUCAACUUCCAACUGGGAGCCCACUCAAGAGUAUAGUCAUGGUGUUUGUUGCCUCUUAUAAGAAGAGAGGAGUGGCGGUUCCUGCUGAUAGCACACUGUUGUUUGAAGGGAAUGAAUCAAGCAGCAUUGUGCCGAACAAAAUUGAACACACUGACGAAUUCAGGUGCUUAGAUAAGGCUGCUGUCGUUGUAGAGGACCAAGAGAUGAAGGACAGCCAUCGCCCAUGGCUAUUAUGUACGGUAACCCAGGUGGAGGAAGUGAAGAUUCUGAUCCGGAUGCUUCCGAUAUGGUUCACCUGUGUCUUCUAUUCGGCUGCAAUGAGCCAGACUGCUACCACUUUCGUCCAGCAGGGGAACGCGAUGAACACUAAGAUCGGGUCCUUCUCGGUGCCGGCGGCCUCCAUGAACUCCGCCGAGGUGAUCUUCAUGCUCGUCUGGGUUGUGUUCCAGGACAGCGUCGUCAUCCCGAUAGCCAGGAGGUACACGGGGAACCCGAUGGGGCUGACGCUGCUGCAGCGGAUGGGCGUCGGGCGGUUGCUGGCGAUCCCAUCUCUGGCGGCCGCCGCACUGGUGGAGACGUGGAGGCUGCGCAGCGUGAAGGCCGGGCAUAACCUGAGCAUCGGGUGGCAGCUCCCGCAGUUCGUGAUCCUGGCCUGCUCCGACGUGUUCUGCGGCAUCGCGCAGCUGGAGUUCUUCUACGCGGAGGCGCCUGCGUCCAUGCGCAGCCUGUGCUCGGCAUUCCAGUUCCUGGCCAUGUCGCUGGCGUACUACGUGAACACGCUGGUGGUCGCAUUGGUGGCGUCCGUGACCACGGCCUGGGGCGGCAAGGGCUGGCUCCCCGCUGACCUCAACGACGGCCACCUGGACUACUACUUCUGGCUGUGGACGGGGAUCAGUGUGGUGAACUACGUCGUGUACACGGCAUUUGCAAGGCGUUAUACGGUCAAGAAGGUUGUCGGUCAGUAAGGAUCCAGACUAUCUGUAUGAUCAAUUACUGUAUCUUAUUGUAUUUUGCAGUGUACACUACUCCGGAACCGAGACUUUUGGUGUUCAUUUGAAUGCAUGGUCCUCUGUACAAGCCUACUAGCGUACUGUCUUGUCUUACGAUUUGUAUAACAUUGGAAGAGGAUUUGUAUGCAUGUGUAGAUUGGGAUGUUGUGUUAGUGCCUGGAGAUUGGAUGUUUA